GAAGAAGAAGAAGAAGAAGAAGAAGCGGAAAAGACUUGUUUCAUUCCAGUUGACAUGUCAUUUUACUCUAUUUGUUGUUGUUGACAUAAGGGAUCGCCUCUCAUCCAAAGCCAUUGAAAGCAAGGGGACAGAAGGUGCAAGUUUGGGUUAGUUAAGAGUAAAAUAGCAAAAAAAAUCAUGUGCUUGGCCAUAGAAAAGGCUCUAAGGAACAGAAGAUGCUUCCACUCUACAGUACACAAGACCUACACGACACAAAAUGGUAAUUGUAUUUCAAUGCCUCACACUGUAACGUGCAAACUUCAUUUUGUAUUUAUCAGUGUCAUUUGCUUUUUUGAUUCUUAUUUACAGUCGACAUUUACAGAUCCCCUUUAUCGUUCAUUUUCAUCACCCAUCCAUACAUCCACAGCCAACCACCAUCCUAACAGAGGAAGGGCUCGUCGACAUACGAUAACAAGAACAGAUUCGGCGAUGGUUCUCUUAUCUGAUAUGGAGGAGGAGGAGGAGGAGGAGGAGGGAGACGCAGAGGAAGAAGAAGACGAGGAUGAUGUUGAGCAAAAACAGGCAUUUGAUCGAAUAUCCAGUAUUUUGACCAACCUCAUUCAGGAAGCCAACGAUGCCGUCCAUGAUAUAGAAGAAGAACGCGUUCACUUACUGUCCAAUACGAACCAUUGUCGCAACAAGUAUCGCCCUAGCGAUAACAUGAUGACGAUGAGUCGCAGAAAAAAAAACCAUCAGCGAGUCUAUCCUUCUUUUUCUAACGUCACUAGCAGCCAUGUGCAUCCACUAUGGACUGCUAACGUACCUGUAAGCAAGGAAGGGGAGUUUUCCAUCGCGCCGUCCAACAGCAACAGUCGUAGUAUCUUAGCAGAAAAGAGUGGGAAGAAAAAUAAAGUGCCAUUGCAGCCUCCUCCUCCUCCUACAGUGAUGACGGCCAAAGGCUACGUUCCUGAAAGGGAUGGGGUACCUUCACCACCUUAUUCACCUGUGGAGGCCUGCUCACCUACUCUACCCCUCACUUCCGUCCUAUCGAAUUCGAUGACACCGCACCGAACAGUAUCCACGUCCUUCUUGACCUACCCGACCAGGAAACGGCAGUUUCGAUAUACCUCACCCUCACGAUCUGCAAGCCAACUUGUGACGUCCUCUACCUCUCGGCGAUCCAUCAGCAUAAGGUUACCACGAUCAACGACGUUGACCCUCCAAAGGAAACGACAGUUAUCUUUAUCGACGCACAACAACAACAGCCCGUAUACCAGCAGGAUGAACCCUAGUAGGAGCAAGGAUGGCGAUGGCGAUGGCGAUCGUACGAGUGGUGGUGGUACGACGACGGAUGUGAUGUUGAAGGAAUCGUUUCAACGGUUAGAUAGUUCGAUGGCAUUGAUAGAUUCACUUUCUAAAGAUUUAGCAGCGUCCACUGACAGCGAUAGACACAGCCAUACCCGUAGCAUAAUAACCAAUAGACUUUUUGGCACACAUACGACCACCACAUUCACCAUAGACGCAACAAGGCUCACCGUGCUGAUACUUGUUCCUCUGUUACAUAUACCGCAUAGUUUGAUCACCAUGAUGUUUGAUUUUUGUUUCUAUUACACUCAGUCACCUACUACUACUACUACUACUACUACUACUACUACUAUUACUACUACAAGUACCGCUAUUAAAAGCCAUAUCCAACAGCAGCAGCAACAACAACAACAACAACAACUGUCAUCCUCGCCUUUUAAUCUCUCCUCCAUGUUGCUUUGGGCGUGUGUCUUUGCUAUUACUAAUUUUAUGGUGGAUCAAGUUGCCGUCAUCACCCCUUCUUCACCUGCAGCACUGUUUACUGCAGCUGUCAGUAACAAAAAGAAUCAUUUUAUUUCUCGAGUAAGGCGUUUGUCGACCACCCUCUUGCCCGGUACUUCUAAGAUAGAGCCGACGGAAGACAAAGAAAAUGAAGAACAAAGCAAGAAAAGGAGUACUACGUUACGAGAAGAACGGCAAGCGAAUGAAAUGAGCUAUAGAACGCAUCUGAAGCGUACGUGGGUUCCGAUAUCCGCUCAUCAGCAAAAAUCACUCUUUUCUGAUCAUAACAGCAGUGAAGGAGCUUUCUUACCAGUACGAACGAGGAGAAAUUCUAUAUAA